AUGAGUAACUUAAAUAUUUUAUUUUAUUUAAUAGUAAUUAGAAUUAAAUAAACUAAAGGGUCAAAACUACAAAAACUUAAAAGUAUACAGACAUUAGGUGAGGUAAAUUUCAAAAAUAAUUGGUUUAAGAAAUCAAGAGACUAAAACUAAAAAAGGUUUGCAGAUAUCUUAAGUGAAAAAAAUAAAUAUACGAGAGUUAAGAUUAUCUUUUCAAAAUGA